CUCACCUCAGUAAUGCCUCUGGAGAAGCAGAAACAGCAGUGGUAUCAAACACAGUUGAGCAUGCCCUUAAAAGGCAUUUAUCCUUAUUGCCUGAGCUGCUGCUCACUGAUGUCGGCCGUGCAGAUUUCAGCUCUGUCAAAUGAACUUGGUCUCUAAUUCAUAGAGCAUGGCUGUAGAGCAUGUGUGUAGUAUACUGUACAUGUUGAAGACAGCAGCACACUGUUGGAUGUCCCAGUCCUCAGACUGGACAAUACAUCUCCUGUGAUGAUCGCAGUCAGCAGAUCGAGAUCUCUUUACCAGAGACUAAACAAUGAUGUCAAAGACAGGCUGGCUGUCUUCUCUCUGAGUCUCCAGACUUCAGCCAACUCAACAGUAAACUUGCUCAGGGAUGUUGAGCCGGUGGUCUUUGCCAUCAGGAGGGGGGAUGUGAAGGCUGUUAAUGAUCUGGCAACAUGCGCUCCUCUCAGCCUGCUGAAGGAGAACGAAGAUGGGUGGAUACCUCUGCAUUAUGCGGCCUUCUGUGGACAGACAGAGUGUUUGAAGAUUCUACUCAGGGCCCAUCCAGGUUCGGUAGACAAACGUACCUUGCAGGAGCAGACAGCCUUGCUUCUUGCUGUGUCUAGUAAACACUUGUCAUGUGUGCGGUGCCUUCUGGAGAAAGGCGCCGACCCCGACAUCAGCAACAAGAACAAAGAAACCUCUUUGUACAAAGCAUGUGAGUUAGAGAAUGUCGACACGGUGAGCCUCAUUCUGUCAUACGGGGCCACCGUGAACCAGCGUUGUGGUCAGGGUUGGACGGCCCUCCAUGAGGCUGUAUCCAGGGACAACACAGAGAUCUGUGAGAUGCUAAUUAGAGCCGGGGCCGCAAUCAAUCCACCUAAUACCUACAGCAUCACACCACUUAUUGUAGCAGCUCAGCGAGGACAGAUGAGGGCACUGUGUUACCUUAUUGGGAAAGGUGCAGAUGUGAACAUGCAGACGUGUGAUGGUGUCACAGCGCUGCAUGAGGCUAGUAAAAAUGGCCACAAGGAAAGUGUAGUAGUGCUGUUGACUAAAAACGCAGAUGCCAACAAACCCACCAACUCAGGACUGCUGCCACUGCAUAUUGCUGCUCAAUAUGGACACCAUGAGAUUGUGGCCCUGCUUGUCUCAGUGACAAGUCGAGCCAGGCUCCGCCACAGUUGUGUCAGCCCCCUCCACCUGGCAGCAGAGCACAACAGACACACCGUGGCAGCUGUGCUGCUGAAGACAGGUGCAGAUGUAAACGCUACACUGGCCAACAGUUAUUCCAUCCAGUAUGCUGAUGGACGCGCAACAGCCCUCUACUUUGCAAUUGCCAACGGCAGCACCGAGACUGCAGAGGUGUUACUGAACGCUGGCGCUAGUCUAAGCCUAGACCCAGUCAGUCCUCUUCUGAUGGCUGUACGGCAGGGCUGUGUCAGCACCGUGUCUUUACUGCUGGAGAGAGGGGCCGAUGUCAACGCCACAAUACCCUCUUUUGCUACUACGUUCCCUGCUGUUGUUGCACUUUGCAUGAAUAAUCUGCCUCUACUCAAGUGCCUUUUGGACACCGGCUGCAAUGCCCUGUCCUGUUUUACCUGUACAUACGGCUGUGCCCCUCACCCAACAUCUGGAGGAUCCCACAUAACAACUGUUGGUAGCAAUGGAUAUGUUUUGCAGAAUGACAACGUGUUUCCUUUAAACUGCAGUGAGCUGCCAGAAAGAGAAACACAGUUCUGUGAGUGGAUCUCGACAUCACUUAUGUGUAAAUGGGCAGGACCGAUCAUAGACUUGCUUCUGGAGCACGUUGGUCACGUUCAGCUGUGCAGCAAGCUCACUGAACUGCUGGACAGCCGAGAAGAAUGGCUCGCUGUGAAAAGGAAGUCAUCGUCGCCUCGUCCACUGCUGCACCUUUGCAGAUUCAGGAUUCGGACCCAAAUGGGGAGACACAGACUGAAUUCUCUCACAAGUCUACCUCUUCCAGACAGACUGAUCAGAUACCUGAGCCUGGCUGACUGAUUUGAAAAUGAACUUCAAGCAAUAUAGGCAUCAAGAGAUGUGACUAAAUUUAUCAUUUUGUGUUUCUUUUUUUGGCUGCAUCUAUUAUCUUUAAUCUGUAAAUGCAAUUCUCUAUGUAUAAAAUAUCUAUUUAUAACAUAUAUAAUGUGACAACAAGUUUCUUUAAUCUCUCCAUCAACAGUGUGUUGUAGUUUCACAGAAAAGCUCAAUGAAAGCAAAAAUGAUCUAAUGCCCAAAGGAGUUCUUGAGGGAAGUUGAAUCAUUUAUUUAAAAAUAAAAGUCAUUGUUUCAAAUG